AUGACCCCUCCGAACGUUCCGCUCGUUUACCGCCUCUGGCACCUCUGGAUCGAGCCUGCAAUGGCGCUGAACGGUGCCAGGUAUCUCUGGUCCAUGCCGGAUGUGUAUCACCAGUACAUGCCCGCUACAGCCGCAUGGAGUCCCAAAUCGCAGAUUAUAUACGAUCAGCUCGCCGCAACGUACUUGUCGUUCGCAUUCAACCAAGCUGUCGCGUUGAGAGUAACGCACGAGGUGCGGCUCUGGAAAGUGCUUCUUUUCGGAAUGGCACUGUGCGAUGCUGGGCACAUAUACUCGGUCUGGGCAGAGAUGGGUACAAGAGACAUCUUAUCUCCUGGUACUUGGAGACCUUCUGAUUGGGUGACCAUGGCGUCGACCGUCGGUCCCUUCUUCCUGAGGCUCGCCUUUGUGCUUGGUGUUGGCCUGAGAAGCGGCCAGCAGCAAAGGAAGACGGCCUAG